GCGCGGCGGGCGCGCUCCCGAGCCGGGCCAGCCGAGCCAAGGAAGUUGCCUCUCCGCGCUGAGCCAUGGACAGUGACGAGGAGACGCUGGAAGAGACCGUCGAGGGUGCACUCGAUGAUGAUGGGAUGCCGCACGGGUUCUGUACGGUCACAUACUCCUCCACAGACAGAUUUGAGGGAAACUUUGUGCAUGGAGAGAAGAAUGGCCGUGGAAAGUUCUUCUUCUUUGAUGGAAGCACAUUAGAAGGCUAUUAUGUGGAUGAUGCUCUGCAAGGCCAGGGUGUAUAUACAUAUGAAGAUGGAGGAGCUCUUCAUGGCACUUACGUAGAUGGAGAACUAAAUGGGCCAGCCCAGGAAUAUGAUGCUGAUGGGCGACUGAUAUUCAAAGGGCAAUACAAAGAUAAUAUUCGAUGUGGGAUUUGUUGGAUAUACUACCCUGAUGGUGGACAUCUGGUUGGAGAAGUUAAUGAAGAGGGAGAGAUGACUGGCGAGAAGAUAGCCUAUGUGUACCCUGAUGGGAAGAUGGCCUAUUAUGGACACUUCAUAGAUGGUGAAAUGUUGGAAGCAAAGCUGGCAACUCUUGUAUCCGUAGAAGAGGGGAAGCCACAAUUUGAAGUGCUGCCAGGCAGCCCAGUAUACAGUUUUGAUAAAUCUACUUCAUCUUGCAUUUCUACAAAUGCACUUCUUCCUGAUCCUUAUGAAUCGGAGAGGGUAUAUGUAGAUGCAUCUCUCAUUUCCAGCGCAGGAGAAGGGUUAUUUACUAAAGUAUCUGCUGAGGCUGGCACAGUUAUGUCCUUUUACAAUGGCGUACGAAUUACACACCAGGAGGUGGAUGGCAGGGACUGGGCUCUGAAUGGAAACACAAUAUCCCUUGAUGAUGAAACAGUCAUAGAUGUACCGGAACCCUACAACCACGCAGCCAAAUACUGUGCCUCAUUGGGGCACAAGGCAAAUCAUUCUUUCACACCAAAUAGUGUCUAUGACUCGUUUGUUCAUCCUCGUUUUGGGUUGAUUAAAUGUAUCCGCACUAUUAGGGCUGUUGAGAAGGAUGAAGAAUUAACAGUGGCUUAUGGAUACGACCACAAUCCCAUUGGACAAAAUGGGCCGGAAGCUCCAGGCUGGUAUCAGGUGGAACUGAAAGCCUUCCAGGCUACUCAGAAGAAGUGACAAACGUACAGUUUCCCUCCUCACAAUGGAUCUAUGCACUACCCUUGAUACUGAUACUGAAAACUAGGACAGCCAGGGAUUUGUCUAUGGCUGCCCUGCAACCCUUCACUCCGUGCCAGAGAGGGUUUAUUUUCCCUAAUAACAAGUUUUAACCUUUAAGUUCAAGCAAUUUUUAAAAACUUAGCUAGUGUUGUAAAAGAACUAUUCAAUAUGCCAUACAAAGCAGUGUGAUUAUUUGGCAACCAUUCUGUAUCAUAUGCAAAGUUGCCAAAUUCUAGGAAGGGGGGGGGAUAGGGUGUUUGGAGUCCUCCCUCCCCCCCCCAAAAAAAUACCUAGUAGUUAUUGUGCAGCUGCAUUUUGUACACAUGCCAUUUUGUGAUGGUAUUAGAACUGUGCUGUUUUUAAUAUUCUAGAAAAGGAGCAUUAUUUUUGCUCUCAAAAAACCUUUGAGAAUAUUGCUUUAGAACAAUUUCUAUCUUUGGUGCACAGAAGGCUGUCCUUUGUAGAUUCCCUCUCUCUUAACACUGUCAUUUCGCUAAAAGACAAACACUUUUAGGAGACUGCACAGAGGUUUAAACAGCAAUGUAGGUUUUUAUGGCUCUGCGGACAAACUGUUUUAAGAAAUGUGCCUAUGAAAACCAGAGCUAGUAUGAUUUUAAUUAUGAUGUUCGCACCUGGGUAAUUUCUAGAUGACUUUUUAAAUAUAAAGUUGAAAUGUGAAAGAGUAAUUUAUAAAGAUAUGCUGAUGAUUAUAAUCAGCAUGAAAAUAAGUGAAUCAAGGUUGUACCAUGAGGUUUUUUUGCUUGCUAAACUUUUUUCCCUUUCUUUUUCACCCCCCUUCCUGUCUCUAAAUGGUUAGGUGGGAAUCCAUCAGGGUAGAUUUAUUUUGAUACAUAGGUAAACAAAGAACUGGAAGAAAAUGAGUAAUUUAAAGGUUAAUAACAAAAACCCCAAUUUCUGCUGUAGAACAUGUCAUGUCAAAUAGCUUUUUGGAAAUUAGAAAAUAAAUACAUUUUAUAAUUCUUAA